GAAAUUACAAUUGCAAUGAGGCCCAUUUACGUCAAAAUAGAAAGAGGCCCAUUUACGUCACAUGAACCCUAGAAUCCUCAAUAAUCCAACCUUCAUAUAAAUGGGUUAUCACAAAACCUGAACUGGAAUCCUAGGGUUUCUGCAACAAUGACGAAGGGAACAGGGAGUUUCGGUAAGAGGAGGAACAAGAGUCAUACUCUCUGUGUGAGAUGCGGUCGUCGUAGCUUUCACAUCCAGAAGAGUCGCUGCUCCGCCUGCGCUUACCCUGCCGCUCGCAAGAGGACAUACAACUGGAGUGUGAAGGCGAUCAGGAGGAAGACUACCGGUACCGGUAGGAUGAGAUAUCUCAAAAAUGUUCCUCGCCGGUUCAAGACUGGUUUCAGAGAAGGUACUGAAGCCAAGCCAAGGAACAAGGUGGCUUCAUCAGCCUAAGAAGUAAAACUUAGCACUUUUGGAUCUAUGUUAGUUUGAGAUUGCUGGUCCUUGGAUAAAUCUGAAUACAAUCAUCAUGUUUUAUGGGGUUUGAUUCCAUUUGCUUAUAAAAGUUUUGAACCUGGUUGAAAUAUCAUCUUGCAUUUUUAACAAGCA